AUGGAUUUUCUUAGUCUUCCAGUCGUUGUUAUUGAAAAUAUAUUAUCGUAUCUUUCACACGAUGAAAUUGCUAAGAGCAGGAUGGUUUCAAGAGCCUUCAAUGAUAUUUGCAUGCGAAUGUUAAACCGUGGAUUUCUGAUUAUUGAGAGACAACAUGCACUGGCCCUUAAGAAUGUUAAGGCACAACUGCCUAGAAGAGAAUCUGAACGCAGAUAUCACCCUUUAGCGCGGCAUUGUGAUAUUUUAACAUCAAUUGAAACGAGAAUUUCUAUGCUCAAUAUGACUUAUUCAAAGUUUAUAGACAGUGGUAUAUGUUGCUUUAUUCCUGGAAAGGUUAUAGAUGAAAUCCGUCGCGUACUAAGUAUAGUGGAAACUUCAAAAACACCGCCGCGUGCGCACGAAGUUUUGCAAGAACUCCGCGACAUAUCAAGUAUGGCGAUUGAACACUUUGAUGAUAAGAUAUCACCUGCCUUCCGAAAAAAGUUACAAGAGGGUGUAGCUGUACCUUCUCCGAGGCCUUCACAAGGUUCAUUAUUACCAUUGGCGUUCCGACAAGAGAUGUUGCACCUGCGCAGACGCUCAGUGCUCUAUGCCAAGCUUUCAGUGCAUCUCGCUUCACAGCACAAGAAACUGUUCAAACGGAUUGUCGAAUACAGGCGUAUAGCGUGGAGACAGAGGAAGACCAUACGAGAUAUCAGCAAACGGCAGAAGGAACAAGACGCUACUAUGGCUGACCUCAAGAAGCGCAUAGAAGAAUGUGAUAUAAAAUACAGCAAACUCACACAUACAGACCAAACGGUCGGAGGAAACGUUAUUAACGCAUCCGCGACCACCGAUUCCGCCAGUGGUGCACCACUGCGUCACUUUGGGAGUCAGAUCAAAUUGGAUCUAUCCGUUUUGCCUAUCGGCACAAACAAACGCAAUACAAAUAAGUUGCUCCCAAACAUUAAACCGCGAAAACCACAAAUAAGAUUACCUAGUUUAUCAGAAGAUGCUGACAGCGCGGACUCAAACCCAGCACCUUCCACAUCCAACCAGACGCCGAGACAAAGAACUCAAUGCACUAUGGCUAAAAUCCGGGGAAUCACCAACGAGAUUCGACACUUGAGCAACCUCUCGAAAAGUAUCGAAGGUAAAUUAAAACGGCCACUUAAUUCGAAUUCCGAAGAAGUGGAGAAUAAAAAACAAAAACUAGAUUAA